AUGGAGCCUUGGCGUGCUUCUCUACAUGCUGGUGUGUGGGGAACCCCCCUUUAAUGAAACUAACGACAGUGAGACAUUGACGAUGAUCAUGGAUUGUAAAUAUCUCAUGCCAGAUUAUUUAUCCAGGGAAUGUCAAAGCUUGAUAACUCGCAUGUUGGUACGCGAACCAGCCAGUCGUGUGACGCUGCGAGAUAUAGAGAAUGAUCCCUGGCUCGAGCACGGCAGGAGGGCAAGGAGACCUUCGGAUCCCAUCAUCACCAGGGAGCAGAUCUCUGAACAACUCCAUAAUAGUAUCCUGGACAUCAUGCUCAACGGCAAACUGGCCGAGAAGACUGCCAUAUUAGAGUCUGUGGAGAAGGACUGCUAUGAUCAUCUGUCUGCAACCUACUUCCUUCUGGCAGAGCGCAAGCUGAAGAAGCAGAAAGAAGAGAGGCUCAAGUUCUCGGCCAGUGACCUGAGAAAGGCCAUGAUCUCUGGUCAACCUAAUCAAAGUGCGGGAGGUCAAAGGAGAGCCCAAGAAGAUGUUCCACAUCCAAGCUCUAUGCCUGGCGUCAACAACAACAGCAAACAGACUGGCCAAGCCCCGCCCUCCACCACGCCGCCAGCCUCCAAGCCCGUUGCUAUACCAGGGGCUGGUGCAGUAGGAAGCAAGCAUGACAGCCGUAGCCUGGAUGACUCGCCCCUAUCUAAUAGUCCUAGAAGACAUCUUAUAGAGAGGGAACAUCUAACCAUCCAUCCCAGGCAUGGUCGAAGUAUUGUCAAGGAGGGCCUGGGCUCACUAGAUGAGGACGAGUAUCAACAUCUUGCCGAAGACGAGGAAGUAGAUGGACAGGAGAGCCAGGACGGCCAUCAAGAUCACCAAGACCCUGCAGCAUCAUCCACCUCGGAAGGCUGUGGCAAGGAUACAGGAGGGAACGGAGGCAGUAGGCAAUCUCUCAACAGCAACAGACAGGCCCUCCAGUCAAAGAUAUGCACAUCAGUACUGAACCAAAUUACAGAGGAAGAAGAUGAGUAUGAAUCUGAUGAGGACAGAGGGGCAUUACGGAGGUUACCUUCGCGUGACAACAGACAACCAAAGACUUCCUCGAGUAGCAAGGACAAUGUACGACAAAUCAAACCCAGCAGUAAAAAGUUCACGCCUCCAUCACGAGGGGGUUACAGCUCCUCGGACGCCAGCGACGACGAUUCAGAAUCCCGAAGAAGAUCAGACAGGUUCGAUUUGCCCAACCCUACAACCCAUCGGAGGGGGAGCAAGGAUGGCCCUCCAAGCUCAGGGAGCGAAGGUGGAGGAGGAUCACAUAAUACCCAUGGAGGUGGUGGUGGUGGUGGUGGUAGUACUGGCGGAGGGAGUAAUAAGCAGAAUGGUAAGGCUGGCAAGGGUAAUGAUUCUGGUGGUGCAAAUGGCAACAACACGUCCGGUGGAGGUACUAAAGGUUCUGGGAAAGAGCGCAAAAAGAGCAAUGAACUUCGUGAAAGUCUAAAAAUGAGCAAUCUCAGUGUGAACUCCUCGAACUCGUCGAGCUCGUACAGCAUAAGCAAAUACGCCAUUGACCCGGCUAACAACACGCCGAGUGAUUCCGACGAUCCCAACGCAGAGUCCAAGACAUGGUCGCGGAAAAACAACCUGCGCAAGGACCACGUGACUCGGUCGGACAGUAACCUCUACAUCAUUCCAAAGAACGGAGAGAAGCCCAAGCACAUUCACACGUCACCGUCCAAAACCAGUCUGAAGAGAGAUAGUUCCAAUCUAAGUGAGAAACUCAACUUGGAUCUCAACAGUAACAUGCCCCGGCGAACCUCAAGAGAGAACAGAGACAUUCGUAAAAAGCGCAAUCGAAUCGCAAGCGCCAACGGUCAAGGGGGCAGAGGUAAGAAGGACCCGAACAAGAAAGUGGAGAGCAACUGCUGUCGUCUCAUAUAAUGUUUUAUCAUUUGGCAGAAUGUGUUUGCUGUAUGUCUGAAUGGAAUAUAUCUUGUUUCCAAUAUUAGUCAAUAUAACUUGCGGAGAUUGAAGCAACUAGGUAUAGAAUUAUAAACGGACUUCAUGAAUCUGUUUUGAUAUCCUGUUUUUAGUGUAGUGUACUCAGGACUGUUGAUGUUACCAUUAUUUCCCUUGUUAGGUGUUUACAACCUCGCAGUACAAUUCUGCUGGCUCCAAAAUCCUCGUAUUUACAAUAUUGUGGUUUGUUGGUGAAUGCAUCUUCUAAUAAACUUAAUUUUUGAAGGAUCAGCAUGGUAUGUGAUGUACUCCUUCUAUCACAGCAUCUCAUCCAGGGCAAUAUUUGGGAUUUUGGGCAAUUUAAAGAUAGCAUGCAAUUAAUUCUGCUUUUUCCCUUCUCCAUUUUUUUAAACCUUGUCAUAGCUACUUACAAUAAAUUAAGAGUUUAUGCAGACAUGAAUUUAUUUGAAUUGAAGCAGAACACUUGAUUACAGGGCUCUUUACCCAAAACAUAACAAUUGAUCAUACGACUUCAUGAUCGAUAAGAUUGAUAAUUAUGUGCAAUUAGUUGUAAAUAUCAAUUAUAUGAUUAAAUAUUAGGGUUGGUGUUGUAGCAUCCCAAUCAGUUUUGAGGUUUGAGAAGAAUAAUCAGACAUUCACUUCGCAUGAAAUAACUUGAAAUCAAAUUAGCUAUGUGGUAUCUAGAUAUGACUCUGCCCCAUAUUUUUAUGUACAAGUCCAGAAAUGCAGUUAAAUUUCAUUUUCAUCAAAAGUGCUAUUGCCAUGCAUAUUUUAAUCAGAUAUGAAUGACAUAUUCAUACAUCCCUCUGUAGACAAGUCCUUCGAAUCAAGUCCUUUGAAAUGAUAAUCUUGAUCACAUAGCAGUUUAGUUUUAUAUACAAAUACUACAAUGUGAAUUACAUGUGUGUAAAAAGGCCAGCACAAUGCUGCAUUUUAUCAGGGGAUCAUUUCUCUUUGUAUAUUUUGAUUUUUUUUUUGUAAAACAAGUAUUAAAGUUUUACAUUUUAUCACCCAUUUUCUGUUGCAUCUGCAAACUUUUAAAACAAAAAUUUCAUUGUAUUUUUUUUUUCAAUUUGAACUUUUUAUCAGCUAUUUUCUAUGAUAUCUUGCAAAAUGACAUGGUAUAUAAUUUAAAAAUAAAAUCAAUUUACAGACCAUUAUAUAACUAUUCCAAUCCUGUAUUAUUGAUUUUUACUCCAUAAAUGGUAUUACAGCUUAGUCAAAUAUAUUUCAGAGUGGUAAUCAUUAUUGAUGUACCUUGAAUUCAGAUUUUUCUGAAACCCAGGAGAGUACGAGUUCAAUUUCUCUUUCAGUUUGAAGGGGUUCUCUGGGCUGAAAAUAAUCAAGUAAAAUUCACUGAGCUAAAUGCUGGAAAUAUCAUAUCUGGUAACAAGUAACAAAGUUAUUGAAUUUUAAAGUUAAGGAAUAUUUUGUGAAAACAGUUAUAAGGACAUCAUCAUGAAUGUUCAUUAGGUGGGCUGAUGCUGCCACAUCUCCAAUUUCCUUUUUCUUAUGUUUAUUCUUUUGUUAUUACAUGAAAUCAUAAUUUUUUCAUUUUUUUAUACAUGUGUGGAUCAUAUGUCUCUCUUAUGAUAAAACAAGCUGCAGCAUCAUUUUUUUUAGUUCUUAGAGGAAAAAAUUGAAUAAACAUAAUUUCGUGUAAUAAAUACAAAGGAACCAGUGGGGAUAUGACAUCAUCCGUUCCUCAUUGAAUAUUCAUGCAGACAUUCAUAGAACUGUUUCACCAAAAUAAUGCAAAUCUUUAAAAUAUCAUAACUUUGUUAUUCCUUGUCCACUUUUGAGUGUUUUGUUUGUCUGAUUUUUCUUUAUCUGUUCAAAUCAUAUCAUGUUUCAGCCUGGAGUACCCCUUAUAGUAAAUUUGAAUAUAGAAUAGGAUAAGUAUCAUUUUUAAAUGGUUUGUUUCGAUAAGUCAAAUAGAUUAUGGGCAAAUUUUGAGUUUUUUAUCAUGAGUAAAACACUCCCCAUUUGCACAGUACUCAGAUGUUUAUAUUUCCUCAAGAUAUUGAUCAUAUCUUCCUCCGGACUUAUUGAUAUUCCGACAUAGUUUGGUCAAAUCUACGCCAUUAUCUGCGAACGGGAAAAUUAAUGUUGACGGAAUUAAUGUACAUAAGAUACAGCUUCGGGAGUUUAUUUUGUUAGGAUACUGAUCACAACUUCAUCGUGUAAUGUUUUUAUUUGAGUUUGCUCAAUUUUGGGUGUAUUUCUGUGUUCUUUUAAGCAGUCUAAUUUGGGAUCAGUAGGGUGAAGUGAUGUGUUUGGAUGAAAAAUGAUUGUGAAGGGAUAACAUCAGUCUGGAAUCCUGUUCACUUUUAAAGAGGCUGGAAAGUUUCUUUUCUUGUCACACUUCAAUGAACUUCCAUUGGCAUUGGAAUAGAUACAGGAAACCAUAUUCAUGAUGUAUGAUAUUUAAUUUUUUUUUUAUUUAUUUACUUACCAUAUAUUCACAUGUUUACAGGUUAUAAUGAAAGAAAUGGCAGAAAAUUUACUCAUAUGAAACAUACAUGUAUACUAGAAUUUGAAAUAGUAAAAUGGACCAGAAAAUAGCACAGGUGCUAGCUAGGCCUAGCCCCACAUUUAAGAAACUUUUGUGUUGUGAAAUAAGUUUUGUUGAUUUUUAGACAGACAUUGUGAUGAAUUACUUCAAUAUGAAUUGAGAUUCUCAUCAACAAUUUGUAGUAGAAGCCAAAUGUAAUAGAAUUAAAGAAUGGUGACAUUUGAAGGCAUUUGCUAGCUUUGCUAACAGCUGAUUAAAAAAAUUAUCAAACUAUGAUGAAACAUGUGUACGAGUACAUAUAUUCGAACUGAAAAGAACCUGAAAACAACCAUUAUUGAGAAUGAAAAGAUUAAAGUACAAAACAAUCCACAAUAUUAUAUAAUUUGGCUUCUUCGAGACCUUAAGAGAACACAUAUAGUAUAUGUGAUGAAAUUAAGGUGGCAUUUCCAGUCACUUCAUAUUUCACUUUUUUGAAGCACUAAAUAAUGAUUUUCCAACAGGAUUUUUUCAAACAUAUCACUCACAUGUGAAGAGUCGGACCUUGCAGAUCAGAUUUCUAAAAGUCAAAUAAAUUUUAGCUUAUGCCUCUAAUGGAAGGAUUCUACAUGUCUAUUAUACAUGGUUUACUGAAAGAUUUUACAAUUUACAGUUUACUUUUUUAUUCAGAAAAUAACCAUAUGUAAUAAUUUUAUUCAAGCUUAGUUGGGCUUUUUUUUAAAGGAAAAUCUCGAUACUAAUCUAAAAAUGUAUAUUUCCAUAUGAAUUUGUUUUGUUUGAAGUAUGUGCUGCUUUUUUGUCCUGUUGGUGGCUGCAUGCAAUUUGAAUUACAGUUCUGCUGGUUCAGAACUUGGGAUGGAAAAGGGACAUCAUAUUCUAGUUUGUUUAUUUUGUUUGUUUUUUGUUUUUGGAAAAUAGGAACAUUUGAACAUUACACUGUGUUCAAAUGAUUGUCACAUUGUUUUAGAUUAUGUGUAGAUCGGGGAGUGUACAUUUACCCCAUUCUGUACAGAAACUGGUUCUUAAUUAUGUUCUUCGUGUGUGUGUAUAUCAGAAUCAUAAUAUAUAUAUGGACAAUACAACAAAUGCAAGGUAUUAUCGUUGACUUGGCUUUCCUCAUAUUUUCAUGGUAUUUAUUGAAUAGAAUUGUGAAUUUCCCUUAGCGACUUGUAAAAUGAAUUGUAAUUUAGACUGGAAUUAUGUUUAUAGGAAUGGAUUACCGGUAGAUUGUCGAGCUACGGUGACCAAUUUUCGAAAAACCAAGAUCGCUAGAAUGUUUUACUUGUAUAAACACUAGAUGUCUAGUUUGAUAGGAACAAUGAUUAAAGUUUUUGAUGUUGCUGAAGCAAAAAAAAGUAUAUAUAGAUAAUCCUAAUGAAGCGAAUGAAUGUACUUGCCAAUACACUUAGUAAUUUUUUGUCAAACAAUCAUAAUUAUUAUUAAUCAGACAGUUAGAGAUCUAUAAUGUGUGGCCAUGUUUAGUAAAAGUAGACAUAGUGGGUCGUAUUGAGAUUUGGAAAAUCUUAGUUAAAGACUGUGUGAUCUUUGUAAAAAAAAAAGAGAGUGCUAUUUCAUUAUAAUUGUUGAGGGUUGGGGGGGAUGGGAUGGUUGCUCAAUGCUAUUAUUCAUUUAUUUGUUAUUUUUUAUAUAUUUUAUUUCUGCGUGCGAAGCAUAUAUAUUAGAAGUGAUAAUGUCUUCCCGUUGUGUAGACUGUGUGUCUGAAGCUGUCUAUCUGAGUGUAUAUGAGAUAAGGCUGACACACUCAUCAAUAAUGUAUAAUUGUCCAAUAUUGAAAGAGAUUCUAAAAAAAUAUAUAUAUUUUGAAACAAGACUUGUCAAUUACAUAUAUGUGUAUCAGUGAA